AUGCCCAAGAUCACCAGCCGCGACAAGGGCGCUGCUUCCGCCGAGGCGGUGCCCGAUAGCCGCCAGCAGCGCCGCGAGUGGCGCGACAAGCGCCGCGAGAGGAGCGAGAUGGUCGACAAGAAGCUGGAGGAGCUCACCGCCGACAUCAUCGACCCCAACAACCCGCCGCCACCCAUGGAAUGGAAGUCGCUUUUCUUCACGAAACGGCAAGUCCGCUUCCUCGAGCACUGCCUCUGGCAUUGGCAGUACGCGUGCCUCAAGGGUGACGCUGCGCGUCUCGAGGAGGAGCAGCGCACCUACGAUCGCUACGUGCGACUCUACCCCGGCGAACCCUAUCGCGCGUAUAACCAUUUCGGUCCCUUCCAUCGGGAUCUGCCAUACUACAAUCCGCACAAGCCGGGCGACGGCCCGACGCUGCGCGAGCGUAUCAUCCAAUGGCUGCAACUCCACCGUCAUGAUGGGCCCAUGGGCCUUCCGAGACCCAAGCCCUCCGCCGCGUGA